AUGGUUCAGCUCUCUGCCUUCCUCGGCGUUCUCGCGCUGGCCAUCUCCUCCGUCCAAGCAGCCCCCAAUCUUUCAUCCCGACAGAGCAUUCCGGACCCUUCCGGCGACAAAAACGUCGGAAACGGAGCUGGCGUGCAGUUCAUCGGCGGACAGUGCCUCGGCGCGGCCGACUGUGCCUCUGGAUGCUGCGCAACCCUCCCCAAGGGCGGACAGACCAUCGGCGUCUGCUCUGGUGUCGGGGCCCAGAACCAGGCCGGCAAACAGGGCUGCGGCUUCGAGUCGGGCGGUGCCGGCAACCAAGGCGGGAAUCAGGGUGGAAACCAGAAUAACAAUGGCGGAGACAACCAGAACAACGCAGGAGGCAAUCAGAACAAUGGGGGGGGCAACCAAAACAACGGCCAAGCCGGAGGCACCGUUCAACCCAGCGGCCUCAAACCCGACCCUUCGGGCGCCGGAAAUGUGGGGAACGGCCAAGGGAAGCAGUUCAUUACCGGCGAGUGCACCAGCGAUGCCGACUGCGGCUCCGGUUGCUGCGCGCUGGUCAAUACCGGCGAGGCGAACUUUGGCAUCUGCUCCGGCCCGCAAGCCAAUACCCAGAACGGCAAGCAAGCUUCCAAGCCUUAUAUGAUUGCUGGAAUCAUGGCCACUGGACACCGCGCCAUCGUCUUAUCGCCAUUCUUUUCUCACAUCCUCGCUGUUAUCCUCGGCGUGCUGGCCACGAUCAGCGAUGCCCGCCGUGCCCCGGAAAACCUGCUGAACUUCUACGACGCGGUACGCGCCAAGGGCCACUGUUCCAACGCGUUGGCAACCGGUUUCUACAGCCGCGACAGCGGUCCCAAUGGUGCGUGCAUCCCCUCCUCCUCCCUUCCCCGCCCUCCUCCUCCCUCCUCCUCUUCCCAAUCCCAACAUCACCCCCAACCAACCCGCUCACCCAACCCCCCAGACUUCGCCUACUGCGGCGACCACCUCGCCACCUCGGGCAUCAUCUACCUGCAGGGCCGCGACGGCGCGCUGGCCAACCUCGACGUCGACUGCGACGGCACGGUCGGCGGGCCCAGCGACGACGGCCGCUGCCGGCGCGAGCUGAGCCCCGACCUGCAGGGCGCCACCUCCUUCCGCGACACGCUGGCAGGCUACGGCCACGGCAACGCCACCGCCGACCUCAACCCCUACGUGCACCCGUACGUGGUGUUUGGCAACGCCGUCGGCACGCGCGGCCGCGCGGGCUGGCGCGCGUUCGAUCCGUCGGCGCAUGGGAUGCGGCCGCUUAGUGUGAUGGCGGUGGUCUGCCCCGAUCGGAGGCUGGUGUAUGGGGUGUGGGGGGACACGAACGGCGAUGAUGACGAGAAGCCCAUGGUCGGGGAGGGGUCGCUGGCGUUGGCCACGGCGUGUGGGGGUCGCGGGGUGACGGGCGGGAAUGGGAUCGACGAGGACGCGGUGUUGUUUGUGGGGUUUACGGGCGACGAGGCGGUGCCGGGGCCACAUGGGGCCGCUUGGGAUGCUGCCGAUUUCGACGCGUUCGAGAAGAGUAUUGAGGGCUUGGGGGACCGGCUGGUGCAGCGCGUCCGGGUUGCUGGGGGGGGUGGCGAGGAUGCGGCGUGCAGUGUUCGGCCUGGUUGGGUCGGGACAGCGGUUGUUGUUGUCGCCGCCGUGGUGGGUGUUUGCGGACUGCUUUGA